AUGAGUUCCUAUAGAGGCGGUGGUGGUGGUAGAGGCAGUGGUAAUAACUAUAUGAGCAACCUGCCCUUUGGGUUGGGUUAUGGAGAUGUGGGCAAGAAUCAUAUCACGGAGUUCCCGUCUAUUCCAUUACCAAUCAACGGUCCAAUAACCAAUAAAGAAAGAUCCUUAGCUAUAAAGUACAUCAAUUUUGCAAAGACUGUAAAAGAUGGUCCAUUUUACACCGGAUCAAUGAACUUGAUAAUAGAUCAACAGGAUAACAAGAAAAACAAGAAGACAUCAGGGAAGCGCAAAAACAAUAUAGUCUUGGACGAAGACGAUAGCAACGACGGCAUUGAAAGAUACUCUGACAAAUAUAUAAAAAAAAGAAAAAUAGGUGUUUCCAUUGAUGACCAUCCAUAUAAUUUGAAUCUCUUCCCGAAUGAACUGUACAAUGUGAUGGGGAUCAACAAGAAAAAAUUAUUAACUAUCUCGAAGUUUAGCAGUUCCGAUAACGUUUUCACUGGUACAGGAUUGCAAGAUGAAAACAUUGGACUUUCCAUGUUGGCCAAAUUAAAGGAAUUGGCUGAAGAUGCAGACGACGUGACCUCCGCUACGGGCGGUGCUGCGACAAAGGAAAACUCAGAAGGUCACAAAACAGGAGAUGGUGAUGAUGAUGAUUUGGCAGACGACGAUUUUGAAGAAGAUGAAGACGAAGAAGAUGAUGACGAUUACAACGCUGAAAAGUAUUUCAAUAAUGGUGAUGAUGAUGACUAUGGUGAGGAAGAGGAACCGAACGAAGAAGCUGCCUUCUAA